GGUGUAGUAAAUGCGCAUGCGCCAAUUGGGAGUUUUGCUCUGGGGUUUCUGCAGCAGAUCUUUUUUUUCUUUGUAGAGAAGAAUCAGGGAGGCAGGUGAUACUUUAAACAAAUCUGGAGCCCGUUCGCAAGUUAAACUGGGUUAAGAACCGUAUUGUCAGACUCUAAAUGCGGAUUCAUACACAGCAAUCCGAGUCGGACUGUCCAUUGGGACUGUUUGUUUCGUGCAUUUUAUAAAAGGAUUUUCGUGACCUGAUUUGCAGGGUUUUUAAACCAGGCUGGGAUUUGUGAAAUGGGACCUUCUCUCUGGCUGUAGCUGUACGAGGCUGAUGCCGAGAGGAGAAAAAAAAAGAAACACACACGGAUUGCUAUUUUGUUCAGCAUGGAGGAUAACGCUGCAGCCUGUUUUUUGCAAAGAAGAGACGCGUCUGAAUGUUUAAGCAGGUAGAAGCGAACUGGUUUAAAAAAAAAAGAAGAAAAAAAAAGUUUUGGGGAUCCUUUUUUCCAACACGGUUACUAGAUUUUUCAUCUACCAAAUCUCACUUUUUGGAUGAAAUUUAACUUUUUUGUUGGAACUAAACAAGGUAACUAUCAAAAAGCUGAUCAGAACGAAGGGGUAAAAAAAUAAUAAUAAUAAUAAUAAUAAUAAUAAAAAAGUUUUAUUGCUUAAGCAUCUGGCCAAAGGCACUUUUUUGUAGCUUGUGAAUAUUUUAUUUGUCAUUAAGUGUUUCCGCACAAUCACGCCCACGUUUGUUAGAAGCAUUAAUUAUUUAGAUUGCUCUUGGACAUUGUAAAUAGCCGUCAUUCCUCUGGUCUCCACAGUUCUGUAAAAAAAGCAGCGCCUGGUGUCCCGUGUAAAUUCUCAACUCCAAACACCAAAACUGCAUCAGAAGAUUGAUCACCAGCCGUGUUUCAGUAACGGGACUGUUCUUUAAAAAAAUCGCCCGUUCUCUUUGGAAAUUAAAAACAAAUCCACUGAGGACAACGAAGAGUCGGUAAAGGAAUUACGCAUCUCCUGUCGCCAAAACUGUGGAUUACUCGGCUGUUAGGUUUGCAAAAGAUUGACCGUAGAGGAGCCUUUAGGGAUGCUUCUACCACAAGGAUUAAUCUGUGCUGCUUUCAGAAGAAGUAUUAUGGCUUCAAGACAUUGUAUCUUUGCCAUCACUUUCCUGUCUUGCUUUAUGCAAGUUCCUGUAGAGGCAAGUUCUUGGUGGUCUCUGGCCAUGAACCCUGUUCAAAUACCCGAGGUUUAUAUCAUAGGAGCGCAGCCACUAUGUAGCCAGUUGGCAGGACUGUCCCAAGGGCAGAAGAAGCUAUGUCAGCUGUAUCAGGAUCAUAUGCAAUAUAUUGGAGAGGGAGCAAAGACUGGGAUCAAGGAAUGUCAAUAUCAAUUCCGACACCGACGCUGGAACUGCAGUACUGUGGACAACACCUCCGUCUUCGGAAGAGUUAUGCAGAUAGGUAGUCGUGAAACCGCCUUCACCUACUCAAUCAGUGCCGCAGGAGUAGUGAAUGCAGUGAGUCGUGCCUGCAGAGAGGGGGAGCUCUCUACCUGUGGCUGCAGCAGGGCAGCAAGACCCAAGGACCUGCCUCGUGAUUGGCUGUGGGGUGGCUGUGGCGACAACCUGGACUAUGGCUUCAGAUUCGCUAAGGAAUUUGUUGAUGCCCGAGAACGAGAAAAGAUCUACCAGAAAGGGUCAUACGAGAGCGCCAGGACGUCUAUGAACUUGCAUAACAAUGAAGCAGGGAGGAGGACUGUGUAUGAUCUUGCUCACGUGUCCUGUAAGUGUCAUGGUGUUUCUGGAUCCUGCAGUCUAAAGACAUGUUGGCUGCAGCUGGCAGACUUCCGUAAAGUUGGGGAUGCUUUGAAAGAGAAAUAUGACAGCGCUGCUGCCAUGAAGCUCAACACCAGAGGCAAACUGGUGCAGGUCAACAACAGAUUCAACCCACCGACCAACUACGACCUCGUCUAUGUGGACCAGAGCCCUGAUUACUGUGUGAGGAAUGAGAGUACAGGCUCUUUGGGGACCCAAGGGAGGCUUUGCAACAAGACUUCCGAGGGCAUGGACGGCUGUGAGCUGAUGUGCUGUGGAAGGGGCUAUGAUCAGUUCAAAGCACAAGUGGUUGAGAGAUGCCACUGCAAGUUUCACUGGUGCUGCUACGUGAAGUGCAAGCGAUGCACAAAAAUCGUGGACCAGUUUGUGUGCAAAUAAUAUACACUCCAACAGAGGAACCAGAACUAUAUAAAUUGUAUUUAUAGAGUUAAACAAUUAUCAUACCGUUGCAAAGACUGAAAAAAAACAUUCGUGUCGCAGAUUAAAAAGAAAACUUGUCUGCAGGAAAUGGAAAAUAUCAUGAAAAUAUUUAUUUACGAAGAGACUAAACACGAUUCUCAACCUACAAAUGGAUUUUUUUGUUUUGUUUAAAUACAGUAGGUGCAUAGACCAGCGAAAUAGGUACUUAAGCUUUUUACAUUUUAAAGGGAAAAAAAAAGAUGCUUGUAUUGGGAACAUUUGAAAACAACACAUUUUUCGAUAUGGUUUGUAUCUGUUAUCAGAAUGCACACAUUCCAGAUUGCAAUAGGCUGUCAUUGUCCUCAUAGCCAUCUAUUUAGCUAGCUGCAAUGCCAUAUAUAAAGGGCUUAAACAAAUUACUACUCAUUUUCCAUUCAGCAGACAUGAUUUUAAGUGGGAAAAUGUCCCUGUAAGGUAUUCUGCAGGGACCAAUAUGCUUUUUCUUACACUCCUGCAGUUAAAAUACCCACACUUUAAUUGCAGCCUUCACCAGAGGACCAAUAAUUCACAUUGCUGUAUUGGGGGAGGUGGGUUGUCAUCUGUCUCAAUGGAUCUCCUGUCCUUGGCAAUGUCUUCAAUCUUUUCCCCUGUAUACCUUGAAAGAGGGAGGGGUGCACAUUUGGAAAGGAUACUGUCAAAAAAGGGUACUUGUGAGAGGCGUGCUUUGGAGGCAGUGGUGCCACUAUUUGCAAAACAAUGCAGGUUAAUAUCCAUUUCCAUGUCUGACUUAAAUUAGAUUGCAGUGCCAGUCUGGUUGCAUUUAGUAUUCACACUGUCAUUUUUCAUGACCAUUGCAAGGCAAAGCAGUAAAAUAACAUUGUGUUUUUAGUUAUACAUAAAUAUAUAUAUAUAUUUUCUAUUUUUCCAUAUUAAUACAGGUAUUCACUAAAGUUGUAAGAUCAUACCUGAACGGUUUAGCUAUAUAUGGGCAAGGUGUGUGGUUUUGUUUUUUGGCGUUUAAUAGCCCAGGCACUGUAUAUACUAUUACUAUACAAUUAGUGAUUUAAAUUGUAUGUGUGUAUUUAUUUACACUUUUGUAAAACAGAUUAUCUUUUUUAAUCUAUCUCUAUCAACAUUGUUUUGGCUUGGUUUACUUUUUUUUGUUUUAAGACAACCAGAUACUUGCAGGUGUCACUGUGCAUGCUUGGAGCACUUUAGUUGAACACAACAACAUGGCUAACAAUGGGUGCUCGUUUUGAUGGAUGGUUUGCUAAUACAGUACUAACUUCCUUGCUUCACAUUUUCUUUUGUUUUAACUACUCUUUUCAGUUCCUCACUCUCGGUUUUUGGUAUAAGGGAAUUCACAUUAGUUUGAACACGUUGCAAAUUGCACAUAUUCCCAGCUCAACACGUCGCACAUCAAUGUAGCAUGUUCACACUCACUUCAAUACCAAUGUGCCUGGGGAGGAAUGGGUAAAAUACACAGCACCGUCUGUUUAGAUACUGGAUAUCAACCGUUAUGCUCUUGAAAUUUUACAGUUCGUUCAUAGUUAUAAAGCACAGUUUAAUAAACAUCUGUAUAGAUAUUAGGUUGCUUUUAAACAAUUUAAAAAAUCAUGUUUUUUUUAUUGUGUUUUUACAAAGUUUUCAAUUGGACCAUUGUGCUUCAGUGCUUCAAUAAAUGUAAAGCAAAAAAAAAAAAAAAAAAAUUCUGGUGUCCGAAUAUCAUAUUUUACAUUCCCUAGGAAAAGAUUUUGAUUUUCAAGUUUUAUUUCAUUUUUAUUUCAUUUCAUUUUACGUUUUUCAAAAACAGAUACUGUAGAUGUGUCCCUUGUCCAUUCUGUACAUUAAUUGUACAUAUUUCUUUGUCAAGCAUGAUGUGUAUAUUGAAUGGUGCAAACAACGAGACCUGUUGUGUCACUUUACUGUUUUGUACAAAAAAAAAAGUUAAGGUAGAAAGACUGAGAAAAGAUAGGUUACUUGUACAUUAGAAAGAUGUUUUGGUGCUAAGCCGCCCUAAAAUCGACUGGCUGCUGUUUAUUGAGGCUGAAAGUUGAUGGAAGAUUUGAUAUUUAAAAAAAAACCGCAUGUGGAAUCUUAUCCCCUCAAUUCUUUAAGGUUUAUUCAGUUUUAAGUAAAUAUCUUGCUUUUAUAAAGUGAUUAAUUAGGUUUCACCACUAUUUAACAAGUGAAGGAGCCACUAACAAUAGCGUCAGUUGAGUUGUUUUUAUUUCACAUUUUUAUAUUUGCUUAUAAAAAGAGAAGAAAGCUGCACUGCAGAGCAAAAAACAAAUGUCCCCUUAGUUAAAAAAUAAGAAAUAAAAUAAACAAAUGUAAACGUUUUAGUUCGAGUAUUUCACAACACUCCCUGCCAAGAACGUCUCAUUAGAUUUAAUAAAUUGCCAUCCUCUACAUGAAAUGCAUUUUUAAUGACAUCAAAAAAGAACUUAAAAUUGGCAAAGAAUACUGUUUAAAAUGACACAGAUGUGUGUCACCAGUAUAUGCAACCAGUUAUACUGUACAAAAUAAAUGGUAUGCCUAUGUAUUAUUGCGAUGAGAGAAGGCUUACAGUCUGAUGAUACACAAAGGACCUUUUCACAGUGAAACGCGAAAAUAAACUUUCUGUAGUAUUUUAUACAUUAAGUAAUAAUAAUAAAACUACUAAUAAUAAUGUUUUCUAUAAUGCCACGUUGGAUGAGUUGACACGUUCCCAGUUUUAUGCUCAAAUGUCCUGUAUUUGUUAAACUUUUCAUGCAAAAACAGCCCCGCAUACACGGCCAUUUUAAAGGACGUUUUUGUGAAGCUUUGUAACACAUCUGGUUCCGUUUGUCCUCAGUUGUAUAUUGAUCAAUGUGCUUACUGCAGAAACACGCUAUUUAUGAACCUCAGCAUUUUGGAUUGGCAUGGGUUCAAGCUCUUCCCAAUAACAGGAACAUGAACCAACCUAAUAUUUUAUUUUGUGCAUUGGCAGUAGCAAAUACGGGUUUCUUCCAAAUACUCGCUAUACACCCAUGGGUUCCGUUCAAAUAAAAGAAAGGCUGUUUUAACUCCGACUAAA